CGGUACCGAGGAUGCGAGGGAUGCGGCCGUGCGGGGGUCCCGGCACCCCGCACCCCACUCCUCUCCUACGUGCAUCCCAUGCGCGCCCGUCCCUCGGCUGCGGGGAUCUGAGGCAGAGAUGCCCCUCAGGCGGUGUAUUUCUGGGGUGUACUUUGUGGUGGGGUUACUCCAGUUGGUCGUGCAUCCUCCCUCUUUGCUCGCUGGGCCCCUUCCCACCGCUGCCCCCGAAGCGUGUCCGCACAGAACCACGCGCUCUCGCCGUGGGACGGCAGCCCCGCAGCCGGGCCGGGCUGUGCGGGUCGCUGUGCGGGUCGCUGUGCCUUCUCUCGGCCGCCCGCGGCCCUUCCGCAAGGUCACAGCCACCGCUCUGCCCUCCUCACGCGUGCCUGGGUCUCGCCCGGAGCCCCAUACGAAAGCCCUACGGGUAUUUCCAUAGGGCAGCCGUUUGACAGCCCGGUGGAGGGACCCCUCCAUAGGGACGAGUCCUCGCGGGUCUGCGCUGACCGUGAACUUGCGGUUAUUUGGGGAUAGGGCUUGGAACGGCGCCGAGGAGCCGCGCUGAACGGGUCACGGGGUUCGUAGACCUUGGUCCCGGUGGCACGGAUUCGUGCGCGCACACGUGGAGCGUGGAGAACACUGCGGGAAGCUGCAGCGAUGCGCUGGGGAGCACCGGCAGCCAAAGCACAGCAGCCCAGCACAACGGCACCCGCGUAGAUGACAGUGCCCAGGCGUGAGCCCCUGCCCCAGCACAGUGCUGUCGCCAUGCCCCAACGGGACGAGGGCAAGAAGCCGCCCGUGGAGACAGCUCCGGAGCAGCGCUGGAAGCUGCAGGUCUUCUACCUGUGCUUCUAUGGCUUCAUGACACAGAUCCGGCCUGGGGAGAGCUUCAUCACACCCUACCUGCUGGGAUCCAAGAACUUCACACGGGUGGAGGUGACUAAUGAGAUCACGCCGGUGCUGACGUACUCCUACAUGGUGGUGCUGGUGCCCAUCUUCCUGCUGACGGACUACCUGCGCUACAAGCCAGUGCUGGUGCUGCAGAGCCUGAGCCACAUCUCCAUCUGGCUUCUACUGGUGCUGGGCACCUCCGUUUUGGCCAUGCAGCUGAUGGAGUUUUUCUACGGCAUCACCAUGGCUGCACGUAUCGCCUACUCCUCCUACAUCUUCUCCCUUGUAGCCCCGUCCCGCUACCAGCGCAUGGCCAGCUACUCCCGCUCCUCCGUCCUCCUGGGCGUCUUCACCAGCUCGGUGCUGGGGCAGCUCUGUGUCACACUUGGCAGCGUUCGCUUCCUCACCCUCAACUACAUCUCGUUGGGCUUCGUCACCUUCGGCCUGCUCCUCACCCUCUUCCUGGAACGGCCCAAGCGCAGCCUCUUCUUCAACAGGGCCGAGGUGGCCUGCAAUGGUGCCUCACCCACUGAGCUGGAUAAGAUGGCUGGUGGGGACAAGAUGGACAGCGGGGACAAGGCAGACGGUGGGAAGGUGAUGGGGGGCUGGCGUCAAGCCGUGCUGUGCCGCAUGCUGCGGGAGGUGUGCACGGUGGCCAAGCAGCCCCGGCUCCAGCUCUGGUCCUUCUGGUGGAUCUUCAAUUCAGCUGGCUACUACCUGGUACUGUACUACGUGCAGAUCCUCUGGAACGACAUCUACCCGGCCAGGGACAACCAGCGGGUGUACAAUGGUGGGGUGGACGCCGCCUCCACGCUGCUGGGAGCCAUCGCCUCCUUCGCGGCUGGCUACUUGAAGAUCCGCUGGGCACUGUGGUCAGCGCUGGUGAUUGGGGUGGUGACAGCCAUACAAGCAGGGCUGCUGCUACUCAUGAACACCACCGGAAACAUCUGGCUCUGCUACAUGGCCUAUGUCCUCUUCCGUGGCUCCUAUCAGUUUCUGGUUCCCAUUGCCAUUUUCCAGAUAGCUACCUCCUUAUCCAAAGAGCUCUGCGCCCUCGUCUUCGGGGUCAACACGUUCUUUGGCACCGUGCUGAAGACCGUCAUCACCAUCAUUGUGGCUGACAAGAGGGGCUUGGGCCUCUCUGUGCACCCCCAGUUCUAUGUCUACUUUGGCUACUUUUCACUGCUGGCACUGGUCUACCUGCUGAUGGCCACGGUGGUGGUCAUCCGACACAGCCGCCAUGCGCAGCCACCAGAGCUGAUCCCCAUUGAGGGGCAGGUGCAGGAGAAGAGCCCUGAGGCAGCUACUGUGCAAGCCUGAGUGCCAGCACCCAGUGAGGCAGGAUAGCAGGACGGAUGGAUGGACAGGCUCCUUUGGCAUGGCUCAGUCAACCUUGGGCAUGGCUCAACCAAUGAGUGUCACCGCCAGCAUAUGUUUCCACCUCCCACCCUUCUGAUGGUGCUGAGCUUUCUGCCCCUUCCACCCCGUGACCGGGGUGCACAGCAAGAUGCUGGCAGUACACAGCUAGCACCCAGCCCUGAGGGUCAUCCUUCCACCCCCUACUUGGGGCCCAAACAUACCCCAGCAGAGGCAGGAAGCCCAUGGCAGCACCAAAGGGUACCAUGCAAGGGGCACCCCCGUCGUCCUGCAGAGCUGCAUGGAGCCAGGCUACAAGAGGAUAACGUUUCUUUAUUCAGUGCCUUUAGAAAAUGGUUUAUGGGACACAACUGACAAAAAAAAUAUAAAGAUCCACAGGCUUUAAAUUGCAUUAAUUACACAAAAUACAGUAGACUGUAAGAAAUAGAGGCCGUGUGACUCGCACAGCUUUUAUGGUAAUGAUUUCCAUAAAAUAAUAAAAAGCUAGUUACAGAUUUA